AUGUUCCGGUUCUCGGCAGCCCGCCCCGACAACGAGGCGUCUAUUCAGUUCCCGGUUGGGGCCAAAGCGAAUGAAGUCAAGACCAACAAACGCCAGAUCACACGAAACCGAACGAGCUAUAGCUGCUUGACAUGUAGGAGACGAAAGGUAAAAUGUGACAAAGUCCACCCCGUUUGCGGAGGAUGCAAAAAGGCAAAUGAACACUGUCUGUAUGGCCAAGAUAAUUCCGCCACCACCAUCUCCUCCUCAGCAAAUGCUUCCUCUGAGGCGUGGAAGGACACAAGUGAAUUGACCUCCAAGAAAAGAAAAACGGCACCAAUUAGACAAGAGUCCUCGACUCCAGUAUCUACGACUUCAGGACUUGUCGGCUCUGUUCCUUCUAGCCAGCUGAAAGCGAUUGAAGAGCAGCUUCAUCGUCUCACAUCGAUGGUUGAUGCCGUCCGUCAACUUGGCGGCAAUGAUAUACAGCUACGUAAUCUGCUCACACCCGUGCCAUCCGGUUCAGACCAAGACUCUGGUGACAUGGCGCCACGGCCAAGCACGAGCUUAGAUAUGUUUCAAUCAAAAAACCAGAAUGCAACAAAAGACCCAACUGAGCUCAGCAAACCUCUGUCCAGCUUGAAGCUGAGCAAUGGUGAUCAUGGACCUGAAAACCCGUUUUGGGCGCAUAUUUCGGAUGAGCUUGACGGGCUGAACCACUUACUGCGACGGCGAAACAACACAUACGUAAGCGCCACAAACAUCCAGAACAAACAGUGUGACCGGCCACAAGAUGAGUCGAAACCGGCCAAAGAAGAGCAUGUGCCGCAGAAUGACGACUUCUGGGAUCCAACCAGUUUUCAGAAGGCGGCUGGUAUGGAGGUUCCGGAUGUUUACAAUCCCGAUCACAGUUGUUCGCUUUGUCGAAUGAUGCCAUUCACCAAGUCUAGUCUACUCCAGAAUAUCCCGAUCAGAUGUUCCCCGCUAACAGUUAAACGACACCUCAUGAAAGCUAUUCCAUCAAGAGCCCAAAGCAACGUUCUUUUCAGAUGCUGGUUGACAGGCGUAUAUCCAAUCAUGCCUAUCUUUGAUCCAGGCUGGGCCUUGAAGAAAAAUGAAGCCUUCUGGGCUCAGAUGGAAUCAACCGGACCCGAUCAGUCGCAAUAUCCUGAUCUCGACUUCUUUCCCUUAAUACAUGCGAUUUGGUACGCCGGGUCUCUCAGCAUCUCUUCCAAGGGCCUUCAGCGCUGGUUUCCAAAUACGUCCCGGGCUGCACUCGCCUCUAGAUUCCAUGACCAGGUGGUUUUCUGCCUCCACCUCGGGUCAUUCACGCGCAAUCUAAGUUUGCAAAAGCUUGCGGCGUUUAUUCUUUUGCACUCGUUACCGGUGGCAGAAGAGGAGCCCAUUCAGGGCGCUCUUUACAUGCAGCUGGCGGCGAGACUAGCCUUGACCAUGGGACUGCACCGAGAACCGUCCCUAUUCGGUCUUUCCGUGGCUGAAGAGGGGAUGCGGCGACGGCUCUGGUGGCAAAUCAUCCAACUGGAUAUCUCACUGGUGGUAUCAAGUGGUUAUCCUUCACAGAUCUCAGAAGCAUUCUGUGACACGAGAAUAAAUUGUGAAGACGGGGACUCUCAUUUCGAAGAUGAUGGCUUUCAGACUGCUCCUUCAGACAGAAACUCGAGCAAUUCCUCUCCGAAUGGUAUGAACCUAAAUGGAGAGAAUGGAAACCUACCACCCUACCGGAUUUUGUAUCUCGUUGCGAGGGCGAAAUCGAUUAUCGCCUGUGCCCUUCGGAGUGUGAUCUCUAUUCAUCUCAGCACGAAAAUGAUGACAAAUGCCGACAUGCAAGAAAUGAAAAGAGCGAUGCACGAAUCUCACGAGCAAGUUAGUGCCAUCAUCAAAUUGAUCCCAGCCAGGGGUCUGCCUGAACUGGGAUUUAUUCCAGAUGGCCCCAAAGAGGGACAGCUACGUGCCCUAGACUGUGAUGCGGUUCUGGGCGGCGCCAUUGAUCCACGAGAACUUGCCUCCUACAAGUGCUCUGGGGGUGACAACGAGGUUCCGUCACCUCUGGCCCGUUACCAUCGUCAGAAGCUUGCAGCCUACAACAAGUGGGCUCGAAUCAGUCUCUCGAUGAUGAGCGACAAGAUCCAUUGCGUGGCAUACGCCCCUUUCUUGAAAAACACCAAAAGCAAGCUGUGGAGCGUAGGGAGACAAUGCGCUUUGCACAAUUGUCACAGCUUCAUGAGGAAAUUCAUCUCACUGGUCACCGAUCCGGACUUGGAGCCUUUUCGAUGGAGUUGGCCUGCCAUGUACGGACCAAUGCAUGCAGCCCUGAUUGUUUUGGUUGAUCUGUACGAGAGACCUGACAGCGUCGAAGCCCCUCGAUCGAGGGAAUUGGUCGACAAAGUAUUCUCGUUGUCGGCGCCGGAGUCUGGCAUUGUGGGUGGCCCGAAUGGUGUUACCGUUCAGAGACCGAUGCGAGAAGGUGGUGUCGAAGCUUGGGAUAUGUUACGAGGGCUUCGUUCAGCAGCCUGGCAGAAAGCUGGGUUAGAUCCCACGGUACUAUGGACUGAGGCUGAUCAACUUGAAAUCGGCAUUGCGGCUCCAUUGACCCAUACCCAGAGGAUAGCGCAAAGUUUACGAGAGGACACCAUCUACGAAAAUGAUCGGACGUCUUCCAAUGACAAUUCGACCGUGAAAAAUCCAUCACCGGCGCCAACAUCGACCGACCAUGGAGUCCGCUACAUGGCCAAACUAGCACAAAGCGAAUUAGCCAACUCUGGAGAAGAAGAUGGAUUUCCCUGCUCUCGAGCUAUGCGAAACCAGUUCUUAAAAGAUAUUGAAAAUGACGCGCGACUCAACCCUAACCGUGGACUUCGGCGACGAGAAGGUCAGCAAAAUAUGCCCUUCCCCCUAAGUGGUUGCAUGGAGAAGUGCACUCCGGAGGCUGCGUAUGAGUACGGGCCCACGGGUCAUAUGUUGGAGCAGAUGAACUUGCAUAUCCCCCGACCAGCAACACAGUCCUUUUCUUGCGGACAUCAUCCAGAGAGCCCGUUCGACGCCAUGCCCGAUACCUGGGCACAGUCAGGAAUUGCGGGUUCAGCUCCUCCUUCUCACCAAACACUCUUGAACAAUCAAGCGCUCGAAAAAGGAACAAAUGAGCGGGGAUCUGGAACCGGCCAUGCGAAUGGCUCUAACAACGAAAUACAUAACCACCAAAACGAAGAGCCACACCAGAGCCAAAGUGGUAUAGACGUUACAUUAAUCCAUGACGACGUUCCUUCCACAAACAAAGAACUUGGGUUUGACUGGGAGCGAUGGGAUGCUGUUUUCGGCCAGUAUUCCGGAUUUACUGAUUUGAUGGAAGACGUAACAUGGGAUGAAUAUGUCGAUGAACAAUAG